UGAAGGGGUUCGGGCCUCCCACCCCCCAAACCCUCGCUCUUGGGCUCUGGAACUCCUACGCGUAGAGAAAGGAGUGUCUAACUAUUUAGUUCUGGCCUUGUAGGCCUUGCUUGUUGGGCACCCCAGCCCUCUAUUCCGCCAUGCAGUCUUCUCUGGGUCUCGGUUUUCAUCAAGGAAAUGGGAGGUUUGGCUGGACUUUGCGCCCCUCCCCCAGCUCACAGUUUGGGCGUCAGCAAUGCAACGAUGUUAAUGUUGAGUCGUUUAGGCCAGUAAAAUUGAGGAACUCCUGAUUAGCUCUAGUAUGAUGCGGUCAACUCAACGUGUGAAAAAAAAAAAAAAAAAAGAAUUGGGAGACCUUGGUUUCCGUCCCAGGGUUACUGUUUACUUAGUGGUUAUUUUUGAGCAGAUCCUUUCAUUGUUUGAACAUGGAAUUUCCCAUGUUUCAUAAAACACUGGCUGUAUCUCCUUUCCCACCCCAUCACAAAUGGAAGAUACACUGGGUUUCUGUAAAGUUGUUAUUUUUCUGGAGCUGGGAGAAAUUGAAACAUAGAAAGCACAUACCAUGUAGUUAUAGACUGAGACUAUCUAUUUUGUAAUUUUAACUUUUGUUUGAGAAUCACCAUUUUUAGGUGACUGGAAACACUCCAUCCCUCUUGUCAUUAGUUUGUGAUGUUGCAGUACUGUAUUUGGGAGAAGAGUGUUUUGUGUAUGUGUGUGUUGUAGAACACCUUCCUCCAAGCUUUAACAGCCAUCAGUCUUUGUCAGAGCAUGCAAUGACUUCCCACAAAAGUCCCUACUGUUUGUUGACAUCCCUUCAUAGAAGGGCGGAGGAGCUGUUCAUUUGCCCCUCACCUCCCAUAACUCUUGGCCAGUUGCAUAUAAUUCUGCCCUAAUUGUAGGUGGCCUCUUGGUAGGGAGGUACCAAAGUAUAUGCAGUCUGGGAAGGUUAACUGAAGGGGGAAGAACUGUUUGGGUGCAGCAGUGGGGAUGCCCUCAUCCAUACCAGGCGAAGACUUGGCAGUCUGGCUGCUUCCCAGUAUACCAGACUCCUGUAAGGAGCCCCUCAGCCAUGCUGUGUGUGAACUAAAACCAGAGAAGGGAAUUGUUCUUUGACACUGAGGGCAGCACAGCAAUGGGACCACGAAAGAAAAGUGUUAAAAUGUGUCUAAUGGACAGUGAGAUCCCAGAGGAAGUGAUAGCAGAUGAAACAAAGGACUAUAUGAAUCAGCUGUCGCAUGAAGUGCUUUGUCAUAUUUUUAGGUACCUCCCGCUGCAGGAUAUCAUGUGCAUGGAGUGUCUUUCUCGGAAGCUAAAGGAAGCAGUUACUCUCUACCUGAGAGUUGUGAGAGUAGUGGACCUCUGUGCAGGGCGGUGGUGGGAGUAUAUGCCAAGUGGCUUCACAGAUUCCAGUUUCCUAACGCUUUUGAAGAAGAUGCCAGAUGUUGAACAGCUAUAUGGCCUUCACCCUAGAUACCUCGAGAGGCGAAGAGUGAGGGGCCACGAGGCUUUCAGCAUUCCAGGAGUCCUAGAAGCUUUGCAGGCAUGCCCAAACUUGGUGGGUGUAGAAACAUCUCAUUUGGAGUUGGUAGAAUCCAUUUGGACAUAUAUGCCGCAUGUUCAUAUUUUGGGGAAAUUUCGUAAUCGUAACGGAGCAUUUCCAAUUCCUCCUGAAAAUAAACUGAAAAUCCCCAUAGGAGCCAAAAUCCAAACUUUGCAUUUAGUUGGGGUCAAUGUUCCUGAAAUCCCUUGUAUCCCUAUGCUAAGGCACCUGUACAUGAAGUGGGUGAGACUCACAAAACCACAGCCGUUUAAAGACUUCCUUUGCAUCAGCUUGCGAACUUUUGUCAUGAGGAACUGUGCAGGACCAACAAAUUCUUUGAAAUACGUGCCCUUGGUAACAGGUCUGGCAUCUGCCCGGAACUUAGAACACUUGGAAAUGGUUCGAGUCCCUUUCCUAGGAGGUCUCAUCCAGCAUGUGGUUGAAGACAGCUGGAGAUCAGGCGGCUUUAGAAAUUUGCAUACCAUUGUUUUAGGCGCUUGCAAGAACGCCCUUGAAGUAGAUCUUGGUUACCUCAUCAUCACUGCUGCCCGUAGGUUACAUGAAGUUCGUAUCCAGCCUUCUUUAACCAAAGAUGGUGUCUUUUCUGCCCUGAAGAUGGCAGAGUUGGAGUUUCCCCAGUUUGAAACCCUUCAUCUGGGAUAUGUAGAUGAGUUCCUGCUGCAGAGCAGAAUGGCAAAUGCAGAUUUGGUGAAGUAUGGUUUGGCUGAUGUGGUAGAAAAUCCUGGUAUCAUCACCGAUAUAGGGAUGAAGGCAGUCAAUGAAGUUUUUUCCUGUAUCAAAUAUCUGGCAAUUUAUAACUGCCCCCAUCUACACAACCCAUACAAUUGGAUUUCAGACCACUCCAGGUGGACUCGACUGGUUGACAUCAACCUGGUGCGCUGCCAUGCUCUGAAGCUGGAUUCUUUUGGCCAGUUUGUUGAAUUACUGCCCAGCCUGGAGUUUAUUUCGCUAGACCAGAUGUUUCGUGAGCCACCCAAGGGCUGUGCUCGAGUUGGUCUAAGUGCAGGAACUGGAAUUGGGGUUUCCUCAGCACUUGUUAGCAACCAGAAUUCUAACAAUGACAAUGAUAAUGCCCAGAAUAAUAACGCCAACCUCCAUGACAACAAUCACCAUCACCCAGAUGAUUCAGAUGAGGACAAUGACUUUCAUCCAGACCUACAGCCCGGAGAGCAGCAGUUUGCAGCCGAUGCGUUGAAUGAUAUGGAAGACAUGGUGCAGGAAGAGGGAGAGGUAGUAGCCGAGAGUGGAAGUGAUAUGCCCGCUCAUAAUCAGGGAAUUCUUCCUGUGGAUGCUGACGAGGAACAAGCAGGACCUAGUGGUCUACAACGCGUAGUAAAACCGACCCCAGUUACUGUUCAUGAUUCAGAGAGCGAUGAUGAAGAAGACAGCCUAGAACUCCAAGAGGUCUGGAUUCCUAAGAAUGGUGCCCGGCGUUAUUCAGAACGGGAAGAAAAAAACGGAGAGUCGGUGCAGUCCAGGGAAACGGCGGUAAGUGGAAAAGGCAAGACUCCGCUUCGAAAGAGAUACAGCUCCCACCAGAUGGGCCAGUCGAAGCAGUCUCCCCUGGAGGAGAGCAGCUGUGAGAAAGGCUGCCAGGUCACCAGCGAGCAGAUCAAAGCUGACAUGAAAGCAGCUAGGGACAUUCCUGAAAAGAAAAAACACAAGGAUGUGGAUCCCAGCUGCAGGAGCACGGCUGCCAGCGCAGUGGGAAACUCCAGCUCCCCCAGCACUGCUCCUCAGAGCCCCGACUUUGCAAGGACGGUGACCAGCCCUGCAGAAGUGCAUGUGUCCAGGCAGUGUGUCUGCUCCCCGAGUGGCUCAGAGGACUCUGAGGCCAUGGAUGAGGGGGAUGCAGAAAGCGCUGUCUGCCCUAGAUGCUGCUGUCGCAGGUCCCAGGAAUCCCAAAGGAGAACUAGCAGGUGCUCUGAUGAGGAACGUCCUUCAACCAGCCGAGCCUGUGUUGUGAAUGGCCCGGAUGGUACGAGAUCCGCCUUUUCCUUUAGGACUCUGCCUCAAGGGGGGUCUUCAGGCCCAGCACAUGAUGAGAGGACUAAUGGGAGUGGCUGUGGGGCUACAGGUGAGGACAGGAGAGGGAGCUCCCAGCCUGAGAGUUGUGACGUGCAGUCUAAUGAAGACUACCCUCGGAGGCCCCUAACCAGGGCCAGGAGCAGACUGUCCCAUGUACCGCUGAUAUCUGAGUCAGAAGUUGCCAAAACAAAGCCAUGUCAUGCCAUGAAACGGAAGCGCACUGCAGAUAAGUCUACCAGCACCAGCGACCCUGUGAUUGAGGAUGACCAUGUACAGGUUCUUGUAUUAAAAUCCAAAAAUCUUGUUGGAGUCACAAUGACCAAUUGUGGAAUCACAGAUUUAGUGCUGAAAGACUGCCCCAAGAUGAUGUUCAUCCAUGCUACCAGGUGCAGGGUACUGAAACAUUUAAAGGUAGAAAAUGCACCGAUUGUAAACCGAUUUGACUAUGCACAAUGCAAGAAACUAAAUAUGGAUCAGGUACUAGACCAAAUACUGAAGAUGCCGCCAGAGAGGAACCGCAUCAUCUACCUGCGCCCCAUGCAGCAGGUAGAUACACUAACUCUGGAGCAGAAGCUAUUUAGCGGUCCCUACCCCUAUCACAUUUGUAUUAUCCACGAGUUCAGCAAUCCCCCCAACGUGCGGAACAAGGUGCGCAUUCGCAACUGGAUGGACACCAUAGCCAACAUCAAUCAAGAGCUCAUUAAAUAUGAAUUCUUCCUGGAAGCCACUCGAACUGAAGAAGAUUUAAAGAAGUACCCUAAGUACCCCUGGGGGAGAGAAAUCUACACUUUAGAGGGUAUGGUAGAUGGAGCACCAUAUUCCAUGAUUUCUGACUUCCCUUGGCUGAGGUCACUGCGGGCAGCAGAACCCAACAGCUUUGCCAGAUAUGAUUUUGAAGAUGAUGAAGAGAGUACUAUCUAUGCUCCUCGGAGGAAAGGACAGUUGUCUGCAGACAUUUGUAUGGAAACAAUAGGAGAGGAGAUCUCAGAGAUGCGCCAGAUGAAGAGGGGUGUAUUUCAGCGAGUAGUGGCAAUUUUCAUCCACUACUGUGAUGUAAAUGGAGAGCCAGUGGAAGAUGACUACAUUUAAAUAGACCUUUCCCGGCUCUUCUGGCCCAAAGUGGCCAAGAAUCUACAUGGGAACCUUGGGCUUGGAAUUGGGAGGCCCUGGCUCAGUUUGUUAUAUAGGAAAUAUAUACAGAACAUGGAAAUUGUAUACAGAGAUUUAUAUAUAGAUAAAUAUACAGAGAUACUUCCAAAAGUAACAUCUUUAUAUCCUGUGUUUAUACAUCUUAAUUUAAAGAAGUCAUUUGAAUGAAGGCAAAUAAUUUGAGCAUUGAUUUUGUUCACUUUUCCUAACUUAGUUCUCAGCGUCGGGUGGCUGAGCCCAUUCACCCUGCCACUCACCGUUGUCCCUUCGGUCUGUGCCUUUUUCUUCUCCAGCAGAGCUGUCUUAGUGCACCUGCUAAAGUAUUGUAUCUUGUGUGUUUUUGUCACCAUAAUGCCAACUAAACCCUUAGUCAGAGAAGACUCUGUUUCUGUACGAAGAUGUAGUUCUUUUUUUCUUAGUGUUUAUAUUUGGCAUAUUCGUCUAAAUGAAAAGAUUCACGAACUUAAAAAAUGAAUUUGAAGGGCAAAGAAAGUUUCCAGAGCAUUUCUAGUUAUUUAUUUCCGCAUUCAAUUGUGUAUAUGCUUUAACUUGAACAUAAAAAAAUAAACAUUUAGUAAAAACUUUA